GCACCAGAUGUGAAGAACGCCUGAAAGGAAGAGACGUGUCACGGUGGGAAAUCCUGUAAAAAAGGGAGCUUGUCAGAACUGUAAUGGGGACAGUCUGCUUACUACCUCUCCUUCUCUUCCUUGGCUGCUUCCCCUGGUGUAUUCAAGGUGUCCAAAGUCUAGAGUGCCUCAAUGAUUUCUUCGAGAACAUUAACUGCACUUGGAACAGCACAGGAGUGGACCCCGAAAGACCCUGUAUCUUAAAAGGGGAACUCUUCGAUAGUGAAAUUGAGUGUGCCUUGGUACCCCUGGAAGUGGACAAACAAAAAUGGAGAGGGUGCAACCUUUAUUUUCCUGGGGCUGAAUUUGGGCAUUUCACCUCUGUUAUACUGAGAGUGAUGUGUGGUAAUUCCACCAGCCCUGUUGCCAGCAUAAUGAAUUAUGAAACGCAGGAAUAUACAAAACUGCACCCUCCUGGUUUACCCAAGAUUGUCAAUUCCACUAUCACAUGGAGUCCUGGGGAACCUAUGUCACCAUAUCUUUCGUAUUACUCCUUCCAGCUGCAGUACAAAAGAUCAGACCAGAAAUGGGAGGAGGUGUCGUUGACUGACCUGAAAAACAGGCAAGCUUUUCUGCAGCUUCUUGAAGAGAACUUUGAAAAGGAAGUUGUGUAUCAAGCCAGGGUGCGAAUCAAGAUGGAUGACGUGCCUAAUGCACACUGGAGUGACUGGAGCCCCAUUGCCUCCUGGAGGUCAACAAUUGGGAGGUCUCCACCAGCUGAAGAUGGCAAGACAGUUCAGCACCUGAUGCUUUUGAUUGCCAUCCCUGCUGUGCUGGUGUGUCUGUUCAUGGUUUUCAUCUUCAGAGCCAAUGGGUCCAACUGGAUGAAACCAGUCCCUGAUCCAUCCAAGUUCUUUGAAGUGCUGAACUCCGUUCACAAUGGAAAUUUCCAGAAAUGGCUACAGCCUAUAUUUGCCGCAGAAUCCUUCGUGGCUCCCCAACCACCUGAGGACAUCUCCCCUGUUGAGGUCUCCAACGCCAACGAAAAUGACAUGCUCUUCAGGAAGGAGCUACGCAGCCUUUCAGAACACUGUGACAACAGUGCCCAGUCAUCCAGCUUCUCCAACAUGGGCUACUUCUGCUCCAGGCACCCCAGUUCUUACGAGAUUGAAACGUGCACUGUUUACUUCAGCUACCAGCCAGUAGGGGGCAGCACAGAUGGAGACGCCGGAGUGGAAAGGAAAGUCGACAGUGGACCUCUCCAGAUGUGCUCCUCCUACAAGCCCCUGGAUCAGCUCGGCCAGCCCAGGCACCUACAUUCACAUUCCGAACUGAGCAACGAGGAUCAGCAGAGGGAGGAUAAAGAAAAAAGUGUGGCUCCAUGUAAACUUUCAGAUACCCUCCCAUUCCUCCUGCCCUGUGGACCUCUUCCCCACACUCUGCCUGGCUUCCCACAGUUCCCUUCACCAUUUGUUGGGCUUCACCUGGCAACUGCACUCGGAAGAAAUGCCUCACCACUAGAGGGCUCUCUUUUCAAAUCUUCCUCAUUGAGUAUUGAGCCAUCUGGUGAGGGGUAUAUGCCUGUGAAGAACACAAACAAUAGCUGCUGAUAUUUUAUUUGAGAAAGGGGAGCACCAGUCAUAUGAUUUUAUGGCAGAUGGGUGUAAUUAUUAUUAAAGUACUGACCAGAUGAGU